UAUAUAUUUAUAUAUGUUUCCUUUUCUUGUAUAAAGAAACCUACCUCAGAAAAUUUCUCCCAGCCAUCAAAACUGCUGAUCAUGCAGACCAAAAUGUUUCAGGCAAAGUUAUGCAAUAAGGCAGUGGUAGUUAGUGUCUAUGAAGAGAAGCCAACAAAGAGAAAGCUGGUGGACUCAUCAAAAAAUCAACACCACCACCAUCACCAUCACCACCACCACUAUUUUGUUGUUCAAGGCGGACACCGCGGCGGCGGUGAUAGAACUAAUAGAAGAGCUCAGCUUCUUCUUUAUUCUCAAAGCCUUAGGGAGUCUGUUCAUAAUCAUCCUCCACAAUCAUCUCACUUGCAUCCCAUUCCAAAGCCACUCUCUUCUGAUAUAUUGCAGCCUACACAAAAUGUUGGUGCUGUCCAAAGAAAGAAAAAGCAUGACAAGACUCCUACUUGUCUAGGUAACUGGAAAUUCUUGAAUUUGAAGUUAUGCAGAUUGUUAACAGAUGUCCAAAUCAAGAAAGAUAAGAAGAAGAGGCAGCACUCUGUAACUCCAAGCAAUGCUAUGAAAGCUGUGAUGAAAACUCUUGAGGUGCAAAAGAAGAAGGGGUUUGUUGCAAAAUUUAUAUCAAUGCUGAACAAGAGUAGGAAAAACUGACCUAAUUAUCAUAGUUCAGCUCAACUUCUAAAAAAGUGAAAAUCACAAUAUUAUAAAUUUUAUUUUUCCAUUUUUGAUAUUCUUAUAUCGAUGAACUUUUGGAUGUCGAGUUUCUAUAUAUUCUUUAAAUCAGAACAGUUAUAUGAUAUUCCUGCACAAAUCAUCAAAGUAACAGAUUUAUCAAGCUUCCGCUACGUCGAUAAGGUAAUGAGUUGUCAUCUCUUUUACUUUCACAACAGAAAAUAGAGCAAGAAAAUACACAUCUCAGAAAGUUAGAAUACACUACUUGAAGGUGGUGCUAACAAAAACGGCGACAGGAACUCUAACAACAUGAUUUCUACUUCCAUUCAGUACUAUCUCUCCAAAUGUGUAUGUUCUCAUUGCCCUACUUGCUUUUAUCAAAAUUCGAAUAUGCCUUGAGCCAUUGCCUCUUAUCCAGAAAACUUUUGGCUUCACAGUAAUAUUUACACCUACUGGUUCUUUCACACUCACUCGGUAGACUUCAUUCCUUUUACUCACAUUGGUUACGCAUCGAAUCACCUUUCUCAAUCCAACUAGAUUUGAAAUGACCACACUUGGUGUAUUCAAAUCCGAACACCAUGCCUUCGUCUUAUUGGGGCACCCUUUCCCUACAGCACGUCUCACAGACUCAUCAUCAACUCCGGGAACAGCACAAAGAAACUGGACAUAGUGCUCAAAAUUGGUAUCGAAUACAAGUCCGGGGUCAAUGGCUCGAGCAGGGUUGAUGGAUCCAGCACCCAAAUCAAAUGGGGUAGCAGGUAUUUGCUGGCUGGACGAUUGUGCUAACAUGGGAGAGCCAAAGCGGUCAGUUGUAUCUGCUGUUGUCAUCAUCGCUGAGGUGAUAGCUGCAGGACUCCACUUGGGAUGACUUUGCUUGAUUAAAGCUGCAACACCGGCAACGUGAGGAGUAGCCAUGCUAGUACCAGAGAUAAGCGCAAAGUUCUGCCCUGCAAAAGUAGCAACAAUUUUUUGUUAACAUGUCAGUCUUUUAAAGGCAAAUGGAUAUUUAUCUCAUAUUCUUGAUCACAGUUUUAGUCCGAGUCAAAUGACAAGGCAUUUUCUUUGCAACUCCCCCAGUCAAAAGGUAUUUGUAACUUUACCUUUGAUAUGAAGAUCUCCCUCGCUAUUCGGACUCCAUGCAGCCCAAAUAGAGGAUCCCGGAGCCAUGAUGUUUGGUUUCAAGACAUCAGCAGUUUGCAAAAGUGCAUUGUUCACAUCGGGACCUCUAGAGGAAUAGGAUGCCACUAUUGGUGCCUGUCCAGAAAAAAACGCUUGCCUUCCAUCCAGAAUUCUUGCCCUUGCAGAAAAAAGUAUAGCUCUUCCUCUCCUGCUUCUGAUUGUAUUAGAGUUAUAAUACUCCCAUAAAGCCUGCAAAGUGAUUUAAAACAAACUUGUAGUGAUUUUCAUAACUUCAGAAUUUUGGAGUUUCAGAAGCGGUUCCGAAACAGAAACGAAAUACUAGAGAAGUUUCUGUGUAACAUAAGCAGUUAGCCUACGUUGAUUUUUUUGGGUCAUUGAUGAAAGAGAUUUUGCAUUUCAGUUUCUGUGGAUUUACAAGGACAACAAAGAUUUUUUCGAUUUUUAGUUCUAUCAGGCCAUAAGUAGAAUAAAUAAGGGAAACUGUUUUUCUUAAAGAAAAAUGAGUUAAAUGAUUGGGUGAUAUACCGAGGAAGCUUGCACGGUAUUCAGGAUAAUUGCAGGGACUUGCGUGGUCAUUGUGGUACCCUUCAACUGCUCAGAACCCAUGUCAGGGUCCAUUGUGAUUAUAAAACCUGCAGCUCCUAUCUGCUUUAUAGUGUCUUCGACAGUUGCAAUGCUUGCAUCCUCGUAUUCAAAGUCAAAGGUAUAUGUGCAGAUGAUCAACUUUCCCUGAGCCAACAAUUUGAUGAAGUGUUCCGGAUAUUGACAGCUCUCAACUUCUCCGACACUGGUGACAUUUGCAAGAGACACAUCAGCUGCAGAAGCUAUUGGGAAGAGGAAUUCUCCUGACGUUGGAGCUGCACAACAUACCAACAGGAUUUUAAAAAUUGGAAUGAAAUUGAUAGUUCAUUUACAGAUCAAUGAAGAAAACUUUAAACUGCAAUACGCAAACUUGGUUGCUGCAUUAUUCACAUAUGCAAUAUAUUACAAUAGCACAAGAGAACUGAAAAAUUACGAGCAAGGCCAAUGCCAGAGACACUUCGACCAUUCCCUAAGACAAUUGCAUUGUUAUACUUGCGAUCAGUGGUGGAGGCAGCAACACUUGUGAUCCAGGGGCUAAAAGAGAGGACUGAACUGGAAGAAGGGCCACCAUUACCGGCAGCUUGAACGACAAAAAUACCAGCUUUUGUAGCAAACAAUAGUUCCAUGUCUAGCACAUUGAGGAAUGCAGAAGGACCAGGAGGGACACUAGAUGGCCCUAUGGAAAGGCUUAGUAUAUCAACUCCAUCUUCCACUGCCUGAAGCAAACAAACGAUGGCAUAAAGACUGUUAGCUGAUAAAUUUCAAUAAAUUGUAAAGAUCCAAAUUUUAUACGCUACAUUCUGUUGAAAUUUAAUUCAAGAGACUCAUUAAGUUGAUUCAGUUAACUAGUUUUAGCA